CCUCCCCGGCCCGCCCGGCCCCAGGCCUCAGGAGUUCGGGGCUUUCCAGUACCAGCCCUCUCGGAACCCCAGCCCAGCUCUCCGGGCCCGGACCCAGGAAUCCUCGUCUCCCAGCCGGACUGGGCGGCCGCCGUCAACCCCAGAGUCUGUCCGUCCGGCCUGAGGGAGGGCGCACAGCCAGGCCCGGGACCCAGGGGGUCGGGGUCGCCCAGCCCCGAGCCCCGGGGCUGAGGCAUUGGAGGAGAAACAGAAGAUGGCAGCCCUACAUACAGCACCAGACUCCCCAACCUCCCAGCUGGAGAGAAUGGAAGUCAGACCAGAGUGUGAAGUGGAUCAUGAGGAAAGGGAGGGGAGCCCAGAUCUGGUCGAGGACAGCCCAGAGGAGGUUGAGGGGAGUCCAGAGCCUAUGGAGGAGAGCCCAGAGGAGGGUGAGGGGAGCCCAGAGCCAAUUGAGGGCAGCCCAGAGGAGGACGAGGGCAGCCCAGAGGAGGACGAGGGCAGCCCAGAGGAGGACGAGGGCAGCCCAGAGGAGGACGAGGGCAGCCCAGAGGUGGACGAGGGCAGCCCAGAGGUGGACGAGGGCAGCCCAGAGGUGGACGAGGGCAGCCCAGAGGAAGAUGAGAGCAGCCCAGAGGAAGAUGGACACAACUCAGAGCUGAUUGAUGGAAGCCCAGAGGCGAUUGAUGACCUCCCAGAGCCAAUUGAGGGCAGCCCAGGGCCUGUCCUGGGCAGCCCAGAGCCCAUGAUGGGCAGCCCAGGGCCUAUUGAUGACAUCCCAGAGCCCAUUGAUAGCAUCUCAGAGCCCAUCAUGGGCAGCCCAGAGCCUAUUGAUAGCAUCCCAGAGCCCAUCAUGGGCAGCCCAGAAGUGAUUGAGGGCAGCCCAGAGCCCAUCAUGGGCAGCCCAGAGGUGAUUGAAGGCAGCCCAGAGCCCAUCAUGGGCAGCCCAGAGGUGAUUGAGGGCAGCCCAGAGCCCAUUGAGGGUAGCCCAGAGCCCAUCAUGGGAAGCCCAGAGGGGAUCGAGGGCAGCCCAGAACUCAUUGAGGGCAGCCCAGAGGUGAUCGAGGGCAGCUCAGAGCCAGAACCACAGGAACCAUUGAACCAUGACUCUAAAAUGGAGUCCCCAGUUCUCCAGGAGAAGGCUGUUUCAGUUUCCUGGGUUCCAGCUAUUUUUAAGAAAGAGAUCCUUGAUGAUGAUGAGACAGCGACUGACCUAAGUUCUGAGUCCCAGGGACUAGUGACAUUUGAAGAUGUGGCUGUAUAUUUCUCUUUGGAGGAGUGGGGGAGGCUAAACGAAGCUCAGAAGGACCUUUACAAGGAAGUCAUGCAGGAGAACUAUGGGAUUCUGGUGUCCCUUGGUUAUCCAAUUCCUAAACCUGAUGUAAUCUCUCGAAUGGAACGUGGGGAAGAAUUGUGGGUUCCAGACAGCCCUGGUCCUGAGGAGGGAGAUAUUUUAACUGGGGUCUACACAGGUGGUUGGUUCUGGAAUGAGGAUGAGGAGGAUGAAGAUGAGGAUGAAGAAGAAGGUCCUCUGGAGACCCCUGAGGAAUCAGAGCCACCGGGAGUAUGGUCAGCAGCCUAUGGUGUGGGAGAUGUCCCUGGAACCUGGGGACCUGAUGAUUCUAUCCCGGUCCACCCAACAGAUUUGUGGGGAGGAGACCCCUCAAAUAUGGGGAUGGUCACUGAAGGACAAGAUAUCAAACCGAUUCUUCAUAGUGGGGAGGCAGGUGCCCCACUUCUGCCCCCUUGGGCAUUCUCAGCCGUGGUGGAGGCAGCCGGGGGCAGGCCAGAGACAACAUGUGAUGUGUGUGGGAAGGUGUUCCCUCAUCGGUCAGGGCUGGCCAAGCACCGUCGCUACCAUGCAGCUGUGAAACCUUUUGGUUGUGAAGAGUGUGGGAAGGGCUUUGUUUAUCGUUCUCACCUGGCCAUUCACCAGCGCACACACACAGGAGAGAAGCCCUUCCCCUGCCCUGACUGUGGCAAACGCUUUGUUUAUAAGUCUCACCUGGUAACCCACCGACGGAUCCACACAGGGGAGCGGCCCUACCGCUGCUCCUUCUGCGGGGCUGGGUUUGGCCGCCGCUCCUAUCUGGUGACACACCAGCGCACCCACACAGGCGAGCGGCCAUACCCUUGUCCCCAGUGUGGCCGCAGCUUCAGUCAGAGCUCAGCCCUUGCCCGCCACCAGGCUGUCCACACUGCGGAGAAGCCUCAUUGCUGUCCCGAUUGUGGAAGGGCCUUUAGACUUCGAGCCGACUUCCAGCGUCACCGAAGGGGCGGGAAGUGCACUGAUCUUAGGGAAGAAGCAAGAAGAGAAGAGAGUGAGGGACCCGAGUUGGGUGGGGAGGGUUUGGAGCCUGUAAAUGAAGGCCCUAUUAUAGAUAGGAACUAUCCUGAAUUGGGAAAUGGCUUUGGGGAAGGGGAAGGUCCUUCACACCCUCUUGACUUCCACUUCCCACUGCCCCCCAAAUCUUGGCUUCAUGGAGAGAACCUCCCAAUGUUAGCCCUUCAGGAUUUUGGAGAAAGGGUAACUCAUGAGUUGGUUGAUGCCCCACCUAUCCCUGGUCAUUUAGGGAGUCAGAUCACUAUAAUCAAUGCGACAGCAAUGCCUUGUGACCCCUGUGCCAGUGGACUGCUAUCUUUUGGCCCUGCCGUUGGGACCCUCCUUUCCGACCCCCAGCCUUCUUCCAUGUUGGAAGAAGAGACUCCAUGGAUUUGUUCUGACUGUGGAAAGACCUUUGGGCGUCGGGCAGCGUUGGCUAAGCACCAGCGCUACCAUGCGGGGGACCGGCCCCACCGCUGUGCGGACUGUGGGAAGAGCUUUGUGUAUGGGUCUCACCUGGCCCGGCACCGGCGCACACACACAGGUGAACGCCCUUUCCCCUGUCCAGAGUGUGGGGCUCGCUUUGCCCGUGGCUCCCACUUGGCUGCCCAUGUGCGUGGCCACACUGGGGAGAAACCCUUUGUAUGCGGGGUGUGUGGGGCUGGAUUUAGCCGGAGGGCACACCUGACAGCCCAUGGGCGGGCACACACAGGGGAACGGCCCUAUGCCUGUGGGGAGUGUGGGCGGCGUUUUGGGCAGAGUGCAGCUCUGACUCGGCACCAGUGGGCACAUGCCGAGGAGAAGCCCCACCGGUGUCCUGACUGUGGCAAGGGCUUUGGCCAUAGUUCAGACUUUAAGAGGCACCGAAGAACCCAUACGGGGGAAAAGCCCUUCCGUUGUGCAGACUGUGGGCGGGGCUUUGCCCAGCGCUCUAAUCUGGCCAAGCACCGGCGGGGUCACACGGGUGAGAGGCCUUUCCCCUGCCCUGAGUGUGGGAAGAGGUUCUCACAGCGCUCAGUGCUGGUCACCCAUCAGCGAACGCAUACAGGGGAACGGCCAUACGCAUGUGCAGCUUGUGGCCGUCGAUUUUCCCAGAGCUCUCAUCUCCUCACCCAUAUGAAGACUCAUCGUGGGACAACCACAACUGGGUCGGCAGCAAAAGCGGAAGGGUCGGGGCAGAACCAAGCGAGUAGGCCUUCUGGGGAGAAAGAGGACAGUAGUAGUAAACCCGUGGUGGAAUUUGAGGGAAACUCUAGCUUUACAUCUGAGGAACCCGCCAUGUUCCCUGGUCCCUCCUGCUCUUAUGAGGAGACCCUCAUGUGAGGUGGGUGAGGAGGGAGCUGGGAGGAGGCAUGUCCCAAGAGACAGUCUGUCUCUUCCCUCUGUGACUCCCCAUGCACAGGGAGCUGGGUGCAGGAAAUACCCCUGUGAGGGCUCCUGUGUGUCACCUGACUUCAUGCUCCUUCCUACUUCUCUCUUCAGACAGUGACCCAGGCAGGAGGGAGUUGGCCUUAGUUGCUUUCUCUGAAGCCCCUGGUACUACCCCAGCCCCUCACAUUUGUGAUUCUCUCCUGCUCCAUUUCUAUAGUAGGAAGCUACAUUUCUGAAUGGGGCUGGUAUGGAAGAGGUGGCCUUGGGGCAGGGUUGGGUGAGAGCUGGGGUUUGGGAAAGAUUGAAGGAGAGAAAAGAUGCAGAAGAGUGAAGGUUGGUAUCACAACAGCCUGGAAUCUGAUGCCAUUUGGGGCUUAUAUAGUAGAGCAAACCAAUAGUCAUGAAUGGUGGUGUUAUUUAUUUUACUCUGCUGCAGAAUUGGGUGGAAAAACCCCUCAGAUGGUUUACUUCUCUGUAAGCCUGGGUUUGAGCAAGAAAAGGAGGCUCUUGCUUGGUAGCAUGGGACUAGAUACGGGGAACAGGGGCGACUGUGAAUCAAAGCUUAAGUCUGGGUUGCAGGUGCAGUGGGUGGAGCUGAGUGACUUAACUUGCAGGUAUGGAAUCCCCCCCCCCCCCCUUCUCAGCUAACUUUGUAAAAAGUGUUUGGUUAAUGGGUGACUUCAGGUCAAUUCAGUCCAUUUUAAUAUCGAUUAGGAAGUGAUGUAAGAACCUGGUAAUUCUGUCGAUGCUGCCUGGCAUCAGUUUGGCAACUUCAGUCCCUAUUCUAGGGGUAAAACUAGAUAAUUUCUAAGGUCCCUUCCAUCUCUAACAUUCUGUCUAAUAUGUUCAAAAGUCCUUUCCAGUUAUGAUAUUCUAUGUUUUAAGGUCCUGUCUACUUUUGACAUUCUGUGUUUGAUGUUUUAAAUUCAAUGUUCUGUGUUCUUAGGCCCCUUCCACGUCUAACAUCCGCUGUCCUAAGGUCUCUUCCAGCUCUGACAUUCUAUAUCCUAAGGUACCACCUAGCUCUGUCAUCUUAUAUUCAAUAUUUUUGUGGAUCAGUGGAUAAGAAAGCUUAGAGGAAUUUCCAAAGAGACUGCCUCUAUGUUCCUAGAACAAGAGAAUUGAAAAGGAACCGAGACAACUUUUGAUGUUACUUCUUUGUGAUCAUGCCUUGAAGUUGAAUCAUAGUACUAACUGAUAGAAUAGUCAAGAAUGAUGAUAUUACUAUCUUCUCUGCUGGAAAUCCUAAGUAUUCUGGAGGGCUUAUGGACUGGGAAAGGUUGAGUCAUAGAGGCUAGGGUUCCACAGCAGGGGAGAGGAAGCACACUUGAGGCCUUCUGCUUCAGAUUGAAUGCACUCCCCAAGGCAUCACCAUCCACUGCCAAACUUCUCAGCUGCCUGACAUCAGGCUUAAUUAGAUAGGCAGGUUUGCCUUGUUAUCAAUGGUAGGUAGCAUGUUUGACAAUAGUAGUCAAGUGGAUUUUAGUUCCAGUCAUCUCCCUCUCUAUCUCUGGUUGAGAACUAGAGGCAAAGAAGUAUGUUGCACAAAGAGACCUGUGGAAAAUCACAUGUUUAUGUGAACCAUGAGGCUGCUUCUAGUGAGUUUUUUGAGUGGUGUGGAUCACCUCUCUGGAUUUCCCUUUAUUGUGAGUUAAAGUGAAAUAGAUUUCUGUUCAUUGUUUCUAUGUUAACUUACCAGGAGAUGAAAGUCACUGGGAAAAGGCUCUGUUGCUUCCCAAAUUUUCCUUAAAGCUAGAGAUUCUCUGCACUAGCAUCUUCACUCAAACUGGUUAAAAUGAAACCAAUAUGGUUCACUCAGCACCUUUCUUCUGAACUUAACACUUCAUAGAUUCAAGUUAUAACUAAGCACUGCUGUGAGUGACUGACCGAAGGAGGUCAUGGAAUCUCUUUCCUAGAGAUCUUUAGGAAUAGGAUAGAUGCACUUGCCUGUAGGCAGGGGAAUGGGCCAGAUGACCUCUGGAGGUCCUUUCCAGUUCUUUUUCUAUAGUUACUUCAUUACUAGAGGUGAGUUGCAUUUCUGUUUACAAGCAGUACUCCCAUAGAAAAGUAGCAUUCCUGUUUCAUAGAGCAGGGAAUGGAGACACUAAGAAGCUAAGUAAUUUGCACAAGGAUGAUGGUGAAUUAAUGACCAAGUUAGGAUUCAGAACAACUGAUAUUUAUUGAAUGCCUAUUUUGUGCAAAGUACUCUGUAGUCUAAACUGCACAAUUAGUUUAAAGAACAGCGAAGGGCAUCUUGGGAAAUAACCAGCAAACCAUUUUGUUUCUUUGCCAGUCUGAACGGUACCAAAAAUUUGCCAUUUUGAAUCCAGUUUCAUUAUUACAACUACAAUUCACUUGCUAAAACGUGGGCAUGGCAUUGAGGGCCACGAGGGAGAGAGGCAGGGCUGCUGAGGGUCUUUGGGGGAAUUGGGGUUGGGAAGCACAAGUAGUUGGUGGGGUUGGGAGG